UCCACCAAAAUACUUUCAGUUGCGAGCGGACCUCUGCACGGAGUGGAACAAAAUCUGAAAGGCAAAGAGUACAGUCCGCGGAAAACGUACAAUUAAUAGAAGCAAGAAGCAAUAUAUAUAAUCUAAUUUUUCUCAUAUAUACCCUACAUAUAUUUCGUAUAUAUGUAUCAGUGUACCAAAAGUUGUUAUACAUAAAAUAAAUUGCGAAAGAAAGAAAUACCAUUAUCAACUAAAAAUAGUGACCGAUUCUCAAAGGAAUACAAAUUUUAAUAACGAAAGAUCCCAAACGACGUGAACGAAUUAAUUAUAAAAUAUAACCAAAAAGAGCCAACGCACGCAUGUUCGAGUUAAGGGUUUAGAAUACCGUCGACCGAAGACCGAACCGAAGAUAGAACCCUCCCCCUCCCCCCGUAACCGAUUGUGUGAGUGAGGGAUCGAAGGAUGACUUUCACUCGCCUCAAGACUCUUUCGCUGCUCGUGUGUGCUCUGCUGGCACUGAGUUUUCCCGGAUAUGUGAACGGCGCUACCAACAACAACAGCAACAAGAAGGGCUCGCAGCCAGUGGCUCCCGUUGAACCGGAGGCCGUGAUCGAGGAGGUCAAUGCCAAGCAGCUGGAGAAGCUCCUGGCCGACAAGGAUUACGUGGCCGUCUUCUGGUAUGCGCGUAGCUGCGUGACCUGUGAUAAGGUUUUGGCGGAACUCGAGAAAAUCGACGAUGACACCGACUCCUUCGGUGUGGACUUUGUGAAAAUCAACGACAAACGACUAGCCAAACAGUAUGGCAUCAAGAACUUCCCCGCCCUCACCUACUUCAGGGAGAAGGAGCCCAUCAUCUACGAUGGCGAUCUCAUGGACGAGGAGGGAGUGCUCGACUUCCUCACCUCCCUGGAGGCCAUGGAUCUGCCCGAUCGCAUCGAGGAGGUCAAUGCCAAGAUAUUGGGCAAGAUCAUCGAGGACACCGACUUUGUAGCCGUUCUGUUCUGUCCAGAUCAUGAAACAUGCCCGCCCAGGGUUAUGGACAAACAGCAAUGCCGCAAGUGCGCCAAGGCCUUGCAGGAGCUGGAGAAUAUCGACGACGAAGCCGAUCAGCUGGGCAUCGGGUUUGUGAAAAUACACGACGAGGCCUUGGCCGACGAGUACAAUCUCGGCAAUCUGCCGGCCCUGGUCUACUACCGCCACCAGACCCCGAUCAUAUACGAAGGUGAACUUCAGCGGGAGGAGGACGUCUUGGAGUGGUUGGUGCAGAAUAAGUCGACGGGCGACGAGGAUGACGUGAUUGAGGACGUCACUUCGAAGACGCUGUCGACGCUGAUCAGCAAUAUCGACAACCUGGUUGUGCUAUUCUAUGAUCAUGGAAAUGACGACUCGAUGACCGUGUUGGAGGAGCUAGAGCAAAUCGACGACGACUGCGACAAGCAUGGCAUUCAGUUUGUGAAAAUCGACGAUGCCAAGGCGGCAGCGGAUUACGGAAUCGAAUCGAUUCCGGCCAUUGUUUACUUUGAAAAAGAAAUUCCAAAUGUGUACGACGGCGAUCUCAUGGACGAGGAGCAGAUUCUGAAAUGGUUGUUGGGCCAGUUGGAACGGGAUGAGAUCGAGGACGUCACCGACGAAAUGCUCGACACAAUGAUCAAGGAAGGACGCGUCAUUGCAGUGCUGUUCUACGACAACAACGACAAGAAGUCCCAGAAAGUGCUCGAAGAGCUCGAGAACAUUGACGACGAGUGCGACGCUCUGGGCAUCACUUUCGUGAAGAUUGACAAUCCCGAGGAGGCCGUUGAAUAUGGCAUCAAUAAAGUUCCUAAACUGAUAUACUUUGAAAAAGGCAUUCCAACGAUAUACGAGGGCAAUCUGGAGGACGAGGAGAAGCUCCUGAAAUGGCUUACAGACCAAACGAGUUCCGAUCAAAUCGAGGACAUCACCGACGAAAUGUUGGAUUUGAUCAUUGAGAAAAUGCCCCACGUUGCCGUUCUCUUCUACGACAAAGACCAAAAGAAAUCACAGAAAAUCCUCGCAGAAUUGGAAAACAUUGACGAUGAGUGCGAUCAGAAUGAUAUUGCCUUUGUCAAGAUCGAUGAUGACAAGGAGGCCAAAGAAUGGGGUAUCGAUGAGAUACCAUCGAUUGUACUCUUUGAACGUGGAAUUCCACACAUCUACGAGGGUGAUCUGAUGAAAGAGGAUGAGCUGCUUGGCUGGUUGGUGCACCAGAAGCGCUAUUCCGAAAUUCCCGAGGUCACCGACGAGAUGAAGGACAAAUUGGUCGAGAACACCGAACACUUGGCGGUUAUCUUCUACGACAAGGACGAUAAGCAGGAUAUGCGCAUCCUGAACGAACUGGAGAACAUCGACGAUGAGCUGGAGAAGGAGGGUAUUGUCAUCGUGCGCAUCGAUAAUGCCGCCGAAGCCAAGGAAUACGGUCUCGAUCAUUUGCCCGCCCUCAUCUACUUCGAGAACAAGAUCCCUGCUCUCUACGAGGGCGAUCUGAUGAACGAGGAUGAGGUGCUCGAGUGGCUGUUGGUGCAAAAGAAGACGGCUACCAUCGAGGAGGUCACCGAUGAGAUCCUGGUCAACCUGAUCAACGAGCACGAAUAUGUCGUCGUCUUCUUCACCGGUCCCUGCGAACCCGGCGAGACCUGUGACCACACCCUGAACGCCCUGGAAAGUAUCGACGACGAGCUGGACGAGGCUGGCAUCAUUUUUGUUACCACCGAGGAUACCGGAGUCGCCAAGAAGUACAAUGUCAAGACCUAUCCACGCCUCGUGUUCUUCAGGAACCGCGAUCCAUUGCACUUCACCGGAGAUUUGGACGACGAAGACGAAGUGUUGGCCUGGAUUACCGACGACGAAACCCUCGAAAUUCCCGGAAAAAUUGAGGAGGUCAAUGUGAAGAUGCUGGACAAGAUCUUGGCUGAAAACGAUCACGUUGUCGUGUUCUUCUAUGCCGAGGGCGAUAAGAAGGCCCAGAAGAUCCUUAACGAGCUGGAGAACAUCGAUGACGAGUGCGAGGAAAAAGACAUUGACUUUGUAAAGACAUCCGACGAUGAUAUUGAUAAGGAAUACGAUCUGCCCGGUCUGCCGGCACUUGCAUUUUAUAGACAUAAGUUUAGAACAAUUUACACUGGUGACCUGAUGAAGGAAGAGGAAAUUCUUGAGUGGGUUAUUGACUUGCACGAGUCCACAGCUGACGUUAUUGAAUCUGUCGAUCGUAAGACCCUGCAAGUUUUGAUCAACGAUGUUGAGCACCUGGCUGUGUUCUUCUAUGACGAUGAAUGCGAAUCGUGCUCUGAUAUCUUGGAUGAAUUGGAAAACAUCGACGAUGACACCGAUAAGCACGGAAUCCAAUUUGUCAAAUCCAAUGACGUCAAGUUGGCCCAUGAAAUUGGCAUUUUCGCAUUCCCAGCUUUGGUCUACUACGAGACCGGCGUCCCGAUUAUGUAUGAUGGUAACAUUGCCAGCAAUCAGGACGUCUUCAACUGGAUACUCGAACAGAAGGCCGACCAAAGCAUUCAGCUAAUUGAUCGUGAUCAACUCUUCGAGUAUAUAGGCACCAAAGACUUUUUAGCGGUUGUUUUUUACAAGGAAGAUGAUCCCGACUCGCCACGAGUGCUACGGCACAUCGAACUAAUCGACGAUGAGGCUGCCGAAUAUGGCAUUUAUAUAGUGAAAAUGCACGACAAACUGAUGGCCAAGAAGUACGGAUAUAGGAAUCCUCCCGGUCUAACUUAUUUCCGGAAGGGCAAGUACAUCAAUUACGAUGGCGACAUCGACGACGAGGAGGAGGUACUCGACUGGCUGACCAGUCCGGCCAACAUGGAGAUGACCGAUCACAUCGAACAGGUCAACCGCAAGAUGUUCGAGAAGAUUCGCAAGAACUCCGACUAUGUGGCCGUGAUAUUCUAUAGCGAUGAGUGCAAGCAGUGUCCUCGCGUCCUGGCCGAGGUGGAGCACAUUGACGACGAGGCGGACAAGGCGGGCAUAGACUUUGUCAAGAUCGACGACAAGCAAAUGGCCAAGGAGUACGGAGUGUUUGCGCUGCCCGCCAUUGUCUUUUUCAAGCCCACUUCCAAGGAACCAGUUAUAUACGCCGGUGAUCUUUACGAAGAAGAACAGAUCCUUACUUGGCUGAUCACGCAAAAGGAUCCAAGUGGAGAUGUUAUCGAAGAUCUCGAAGGCGAAAGACUCGUUCAUCUGAUCGAAGAGUCCGGCUCCAUAGCCGUGUACUUUUGGAACAAGACCAAGUGCGACAUUUGCAAUUCGAAAGCGGCGCGCAAGGCGCGUCUGAAAAAGGAGCGAGAUCAGCACCAGCAGGAGGGCGGAGCAGCCAGCGCCGCUGCCGCCUUCGGCAGUGAGGCAGAUCCCUCCGAGGCGGCCGCUGGUGGGGCGGAGGACGCAACGGGUCAAGGGUCAGGUUCCGAGGGGGAGCCGGCAUCCCCGGCCGCUGCAGCUGCUCCACCGGAUGCAUCGACCGGCAAGCAAGAGGAUGAUGCGGAUGGCUGUGAGCAGUGCACCAAGGUGCUGGAGGAGCUGGAAAACAUUGACGACGACUGCGACAAACACGGCAUUACCUUUGUGAAGACCAGAGACUUUUCGGUGGCCGAUGGCUACGGGGUGCACGAGUAUCCGGCUUUGGUCUACUUCGAGGGAGGAAUACCCAACGUCUUUGAGGGCGAACUGAGCGAGGAGGAGGAGGUGCUCCAGUGGCUAAUCACACAGAAGACCGAGGAUCGCAUCGAGCUCAUCACACGCCAAAUGCUUGAGACCAUGGUGGAGGAGACCCAGUACCUAGCCGUGUACUUCUACAAAAUCAACUGCAACAUAUGCGAUCAGAUAUUGGAGGGCUUGGAACUGAUCGAUGACGAAUGCGAUGUGUUUGGAAUUCAUAUGGUCAAGAUACAGGAUCCUCAGCUGGCCAAGCGUUACUCGAUCAAGACCUUCCCGGCUCUGGUUUAUUUCAGAAAUGGAAAUCCUUUGCUGUUUGAGGGCGACCUGCAAAACGAGCAGUCAGUACUGGAAUGGCUAAUCGAUGAUGAUAACCGUGAGUUGGCCGAUGAAAUCGAGGAGGUCAACGAGCGCAUGUUGGAACGUCUGAUGGCCGAGUCCACCCUUUUGGUGGUUUUCUUUUAUGAUGAUGACUGUGCCGAGUGCGAGGAGAUUUUGGAAGAGUUGGAGGAGAUCGAUGGCGAAGCCGAUAUGUUUGGCAUUGACUUUGUUAAGAUUGCCAGUAUGCAGGCAGCCAAAACAUACGAAAUUGUCAAUAUACCUUCCCUGGUAUAUUUCCGAAAACAAGUGCCAGUCCUGUAUGAUGGAGAUUUGCACCAACACGAUAAGGUGAUUACUUGGUUGACAUCACAGGAUGUGUUCGAAAUCAAAAACGAAAUAGAAGAAGUUAACCGCAAAAUGCUUGACAAACUACUGGAAGAGAACGAGUUCUUGGCUGUGUUCUUCUAUGAACACAAUCAGCCGGACAGUACUGCAGCUCUGGAGAAACUGGAGAAUAUUGACAGCGAGACAGAUAAUCUGGAUAUAACAUUUGUUAAGAUGGCCGACUCGCGAUAUGCCAAGAAGUGGGGCGUCACCAAGCUGCCGGCGAUGGUCUACUUCCGCCGUCGCUUUCCCAGUAUCUACAGGGGCGACCUUCUAUCCGAGGACGAGGUGCUGGAGUGGCUGCGCAAGAACCGCUUCCGCCAGCCCGAGCUGAACAUAUUUAUGUAUGCCCUGAUUGCCCUGGCGGUAGCCUUUGUGAUCUACACAGCCUUCCUGCUGCAGUGCUUCAAGCCGGCGCCACCACCUCCUGUCCAACACCCCAAGCAGUCGUGAAUGGGUUGGGCCAGGGAGGAGAUUAUUGGAAUUGGAAGCAAGUACUGAAUCAUGUUGAAUGGCUGUCAACUGCAAUGGAGGGUUUUCGAGAGGACACACAAGAAGAGAGCAAACCAAACUUGAAAUGAUUAUCCAAAGUCACAAUAACAUUAAACUGUCAUCCAAUCGUCUAAAUUAGACGCCUAUAAAAUCCCGUGCUCCAUUGUUUUCGAAGAUACUUUUGAGACAGCCCGAUGACUUCAACAAUCUCUGAAACUUCCAUAAAUAUCAAAACUCAUGUAUUGCAUAUUCACAUUAAUAUCAAAUUCAUUUGUCUUCACACCCGUGUACAUCAUGAAAAAAUAAAUUAAAGAAGAACAAACUCAAGUCAUAGUAAUUACUUUAAAUUUAAAUGCCAUAAUAUUGUGUAAUAAAUGCCAAUGAUAAUUUUUACAGUAAAACAUUUACGGCUUAUAAUACUUAAUAAACUAAUGGAUGAUGUACUCAACAUUUA